UUUUGUAACUUUGUGGGGUUCCAGGUGACAAUAGGAGGCUGUCCGGUGUCACAGGACGGGUGAGCGCCUCCUGCUUGUGCAUCAGAUCUUUCUGUCCUUGCUUCUUACUCGAAAGUAUCUUUUCAUUUCUGUUAAUGCAGUGGCAUAAUUAGACAAGCGAGUUUUGUAUUUCGUUACAGUAUGCAACUGUUCAUUCCUCACUCCUUUGUGUGUGACAGUCUUCAAGUGAAUGCUGCUUUUUAUUUGGUAUAAUAGUCACUGGUACAACAGUGCUGUCAUUGUUUGUGGCACAAAGAGCUGCAGGCUGUUUGCCAUCAUGUCUUCUGUACUCUUUCUUCUGAUGCCAAGCCAAGUGAGUAAACUGGAUCUGCAGCUUGAGGCCAUGUCUCGCUUUCCUUUUGCACUUUUAUAUCUCUGUCUUGUAUCGUGUCUCAAUCUCAAUUUGCAUCUUGCAAUUACUUCAAUAUUCCGAUAUUUUUUGGGUCCUUUUCUUGGUUUUGGUCAACAAGCAAUUCCCAAAUGUAAAUAUAUUCAAGUUACAAGAGCAUAAAUUACUACUCCUUGAAUUUCUUUCUUUAUAUACAUGCACACACUAUAUUUUGCAAGUGUAAGAGUGGGCUGUAUUCAAGGAUCAGGGUGAAAUCAUAUCCCUCCCACUGACAUUUAACUUUGUCAGUAAUUGUAAGUUUUAAAGCCCUCGAGCUUGGUGCCGUUUCCAGAAGUUGCCUGGCAUGAGACGACGGUAUAAAAGCUACUGAGGCUGUUUGUCCGCCAACCCUCACCGCAGGCAAAACAGCCAGCAACAGCCAGCAAGGCGCCCUGCUGUAUGAAAAGCCCUGUGAGACCCCUUCACUGCCACUUUCUAUGAAGCAGAUAACAGUUACUAUCAUGCUUAUUUUUUUCUCUCGUGGGAGUGACAGUCUGGGAGUGAUCUAGAAAAGGCCUGAGGAGGUGGGAAUGUGGACGGGAUCUGGACAGAGUGGAGGUGAAGCCCCAGUCACACUGUGUCAGGGCUGAGUUUACGAGGAGGCCGAGCUGAUUUAUAGGACUCCUCUAAUGGCACUGAACACACAUCUUGCUGACAUGUUGCUUCGGGGGUUUCCUGAGAGCGAUGUCUUGUCAAAGUGCUUUUAAGUUUUGUUCUUGCUCGCUUGGUAGUAAACAAAACACCAUUGUGGGACCAUGGUGGAUCUAUCACCCAUUACCUUAAAUCACCUUGGUGGGUAACAUCCCCACAGUGACUACAUUUUUGGACUUCUUCAGCUGGUAGUUAGUUGGACCUGCCUGAGUAGUUUGAGAAUAAGGGUCUUUUAAUAAGCCAUGACUGAAUAUCUAACAAUAAGAAACACAGGAGCUGUCUGAUUGAAGCCCUGCAGCCUCCAUGGAGAGAAAGUCAGUGAAGCGUGACUGUGUGCUGCUGUCAACAUAGAGGCCAGUGGAAAUCGGCACACCUGGCUUUAUACUGGACAUGGUCCAAUGACUUCCUUUGGUGUUGAUAUGCACACUGAAAAAUGUUUUGGUGAAUUUACUCAACGCACCAAAGAAAAUCAUCUAAGUCUUUGUUUAGUGAGCAAAAUAUACAUAAUUAACAUGGCUUUUAAUUUGACACACUGUCACAAACUGUGCUUUUCACACACAAUAUCAAGCACAUGUGAAAUAUACUUUGGUUUUCUCGCUGAUUUAAUCCCUCAAACCCUUAACUCAGCCCUCAACUUGAUGAUUUUCAAAAACUGUUUGCAUUUUAUUAUCAGCCGUCCCAUUAUUGCUCAGUACCCUUCCGCGAAAACCAGAAGCAACAACAGUACUCACAAACAUGGCUGAAGAAAUCUCAGAGUCUAACACUGAUUUUGCUCCAGAGACCUGGGACUUGAGGAAAGGGUUUUUCCACAUCCAGUUAUGUGAGCACAAUUCAAGGAAUUUUAGUGUUUCAGCUCCUCGUCUCGUCGUGUUGUCUCCUUCAACAUAAUGUCCAAUGUCUCCACUCUUCUUGAUGAAGACAUAAAUAUACUCGAUGGUCUUAUUAUGUUCUCCGUAUUUAAUUUAACUUUUAAAGCACACUUUAAAUGAGAUUAAACGUUCCUCUCACCACACGUUUAAUCUCCAUGUUUUUAUGGAAGGCUGUGUAAAUUAAGGAUUAAAAUAAUCUGGAAAGAUUUUUAUCAUAAAAAGAGAAUAAAUGCAGGUCAGCCACAUUUUAACUGUUUGCCACUUGAUUAAUUUAAUAUUUGUGGUUUUGUUGGCAUAAUUUAGCUCUUUUAAAAUUACAAAGCCCUUUCAUUGCAAAGAAAAGCAUCUACAUCAGUCAACCACAACACUGACAGAUUCAAAAGAGCCAAACAAAUGCAGUGUUAUCCCUUGAAUUAUGACAUAUAAUACCAGGGAUAGUGUUAAUUAAAUUUUAGGUUCAGUUAUAAUUUUAGCUUUCACGGACUGUUAAAAUAAGAUAUUAUUAAAAUAAGUUAUCUUUUCGUGCUUGGCCUAUUAUUCUCUAAAAGUUCAAAUUCACUUCCCAUCAGGGUGUCGCACUGAGUUCACGCUUAUUUAGUUCAUGUUUAUGAAAAUUUAUGUAAUUAAAAGACACAUUUUACCUCUUUUUUUCUAAUUAUAAUUUUUGUCACGAUAAAGCACCUUGCAGGUCAUCCUGCUGAAAACUGGUGCAGACUCCUAAAAACGGCUCCCCGACAGAACAAUGCUCCCGACCACGCCCGAAAAACAGCUCAGGGAGAGCUUGAGGAACACAACAAAGAGCACAGUGUUGAUGCUGCCUCCACACCCUCCAAGAUUUUCAUCCGAGAGUAAACCAGAUACUCAGAGACCCCACUCUGCACCACAUCAGAUCUGUGUCCAGCUCUAUGAUUGCACAAGGGGGUCCUGCACAGUAUUUAUUGUUUCUUUAACAAGGACGGUCAAAGUUAUAGACAUAAAUAUAAAAUGCAAACAUACCACAUUUAAUUGAAAGCGAUAAUUUAGACCUGUAGUCCCAAUGCAGAUCAGAUAAAUCUAUGCAGGUGAAAAUAUACAGCUAAUACAUUACUUAAAAAAAACUAACAUAAUUAAUUGUUUGAGAUGUGCCUGAAGGGUUCGAUCAAUACACUGUCCCCUAAUUAUAACUGGUGAGGAGUGUUUGUUUACUCCCCUUUCCUAAGAACUUGUGGGUGAUCUGUGUAUAAUCAGCUGGGAUUCUCAGCAGUUUAAGUGCAUUCCAGUGGUGAGCCAGUAUCAAGGCAAAAGAAAAGAAUACCAGAGAAUUAAACUUGUCUCACAGCUUUUACACAGUAAUCUCGAUCGGUAUGUUCAGUAUGUUUUGAACAGUUCCUUCCUCAACAGUAAAUCAAUUAAAAUGAUAUUUAGUGGUGAUCCAGGGUUAUGAGGAGGUCCGUCGAUCCAUGUUGAAGGCAAACGGAGCCUGUGGGCUCAGCAACAGGUUAUAUUUUAGGGGAGUAUUCCUUUGAAAUGCUCGAGUUGAGUUUCUUGGUUGGUGUGUGCGUGAAUGGUAACGGAGCAACUCCAAAAUAAUGUCAAAACCAGAGUUUCUUUUGAUGUUUUUAUCACCUGAAACUUUUGGAUCAGGUUGUGUGGUGAGCAGGAGAAGCUCUCAACAUCUGGACGAGUGUGUCUGUUUCUUAUUGUUGCCAGUAGCGAUGCUAUUGCCUCUGACCACUGUUCUGGCCUUGUACUCUAUGCACUCAUAUUUCUUUGGUGCGUCAUGUUACUGUGGCUGCAGGCAUUCCUGGCCAGCCACGCCCUGCCAUGGGUUUUGAUGACUCAUUGCAGUGGUCACUCACACACACACACACUUUCACAUUUCCGUUGCUACGCUGUGGUUCCUCUUAAUCAUAUGAUGCUCCUAUCUGAUUUGGCGAAGUCUGGCGUUCAUCCAUUUUCUACUUUCCAAGUCGUCCAUUUUAGGUUCAGGAUUUUUCAAACCACCUUUGCACUGAGCUGCUUCAUUCCUUCCCGUGUUGCCUCAGACUGGCUCAGAGGUCCAUUAGUUUCUAACAGCAUCAGCCAUUUUUUUUUUUCAGAUGGUUUGUGAUCCAAAGCUUUUAUGCUGUGAACAGUAUUUAUAGUGGUUUGUGCAUUACCAACAAAAACCUGUAGUCUAAGUUCGGCUUGACAUUGUGAUCCUUUAAAGCCAAAUGAAAAACAAUGCACUGAUGCUGUUAUCCAUUUUGUGUUAAUCAGUGAUAAAUAUGCUUUUCAAAUAUUUGAAUAGUUGCUACAUUUUUCUAAAACUCACAUGGUUUAUGUAACCAUUUCUUGUCUUAAUUACAUAUUUGUCCACAUGUACCUGUGCAUGGUAGGAUAAAGCAUGCUACUAUCAGCACUGACAAGAUUUUUGCUAAAACAAACACCAGCAACAACACAAUAAUGUUCUGCUCUCAGGCUUUGGUCACAUAAAGUGUGUUCAGAUUAGAGAUUAGAUGCUGCUGAUCAAACAUGAGAAACAUAAAGCUACAGCCAUCAAAAAUAGCUCAGGAAAAAAAUAAGGCCUUGCCAAGUAAAGCUAACAUGUCACAAGUCUGCCACAGCUCUGCACAGCCAGUAGUUUCCAAUAACCAUUAAAUGCUUGAACUACCCUGAUACCACUCAUCAGCCUGCAGACCUGUUUGAGUGUCAGCGAUCUUCCUCUUGUUUGUCCCUCUUCUGCAGUAGGAUGCUGCAGCAUCUCACUCAAGGACAGUUUGACAUCGAGGUGUGAAGUCAGGAAAGCUUGAAUAGCCUUGUUGGCUGCCCUCAACUUAGCUGUCUGCUCAUAUACAGAGAUAUAUAAUUAGUGUCAGUCCCAGGUAGGCGUAAAUCAAGUAGUCAUACACAUUUAAGGGUGUCUAAAAGCUGUGAAAAAGUAGCUUUCUUUCUGUUAUUAGCUAAGAGAACAGAAAAGUGGACAGUGGUGAGCAACAGCCCGAUCAUGUCUAAAUUUACUUCAAACCCACGCUCUGCAACAUGUAUCUAAUACACGUAUCUAAUAAACAUUGAGAAGUUCAGUAUAUUUAGAUGGUGCAAUGACUCACAGGCUGUGACACAAGGCUGCGUUUCCUCUGCUGUUUGUUUACAGGCUACAUCCUUCUUGGUGCUGUCAUGAUAACAGCAUAAAGACACCUCAUACAAACAAACUCCUGCUGCUACAAGCAGCUCUCUCUUUCUCCUUUGAUUAAAACAAUUUCAUUGCAAAGGGCAGCUUUGACCUGGCCAGUGUUUUGGAGCUCCAUUUAUAGCUUCAUUCUUUCACUUUGGUUGUUUUUCUUCUGGGACAGGCCCAAAUCACACAGUGUUUAUUCAGCUUAACAAGGACUUGUUACUGCAGCAGAGACAUGGCUCCAUAUGAAAUUGAUUAACUCCUCGCUGAGCACUGAUAAAAAUGCUUAUGAGAAAUUCUGCCUUCUCCUAUGUGCAUUUUUUAAUGACGCUAUCCGGGUAACAAGCAUAUACGUCCAUGAUGUUAAAGUCAGAUUUGUCAACAUUAACCAUCCAUCAGUUCCCAAAAAACCUCUAGCUGUAUUUUUGGUUUAUAUGGGAUGUUUUAAUUAAAUACAUAAUCAAAAAUCAAUAUAUUAAAUAGCCAACUGGAUUUGUAUUUGUAUAAUAUUUCAACAUUUGCAGUUUAAUCAGGUGCGAUUCAUCUUUUUCUGAUGAGAUUUAAGUUUCCUUUUUCAAAUACAUUUAAACUAAACCAUACUAAACUAAACUGCAUUGUGGAGAUUCCAUCUCUAAAAUUAGUAUGAAACUGCUACAAGCUUUGUUGGUGAAUCUUAUCACUCUGUUUAGUUUAAUGUUAGGUACACUUACUUUCUUGUGUGUGUUCUCUGUUUUUCACUCAUAUUUGUGAGUGGGCUGAUGUGUAAGGGUAGAGAUGUCCAUAUAAAGGUUCCAUUAUAUGGAGUUUCCAGCAAAUUUUAAAUCCAUGAGCCAUUCUGCUAAAAGUUGACACCGUAUCCAUCUGCCUUGGGGAAAAAAUGUGCCUUUUAAAUCACUAAAAGAUUUUUGCACUCGUUUUACAUGAGGUGGACAGAUGUAAGUACUAACUCCAGAAGCACAGAUGGAUCAGAGAAUAAGACGGAUGACGCCUUUAAUGCAUACAUUAUCCAGAGGAAUUUGGCCUCCAUUGCACUGCAGACAGUUCAGUUCAGUUUGCAGAAUGUCCUCAGGACUUAACUGAACAUCGUGUCAGGAACAUGUUUUAAGUGCAAUAGUUGCAGAAUUUAUCACCACACAUGUGUGUGUGAACUGUUUCAGCAAUAGUCCUCCCAGCAUUUUCCCACUGCUCCAUUUCCAAAUGUCAAAAUGCAGACUUGAAUUUAACGACUUGGAAGACAACCAUACAGCUUAAACGACUCGCUAUAAAGUACGCACUGGAAUGUGGAGAGCAUUUAUCUGCCAGUAGAGUUGAAUAGGUUUAUUUUAAAGCACCCAGUGUCACUUUGAGUUGUCUUCAUUCCCUCGACCUCGGCCAUCGCCACCAUGGCAAUGAGCUUUCAUCAUGACUUGGAGAGAGCAGCAAUAAACAUCUACAUUAUUUAUAUCCAGACAAAGGUUGAGGAUGCGUAUAUUUUUUUAUUUUUCCCAUCAGGCUUUUUUUAAUAAGAUUGACUGGAGAUCGUCAAUCUCUAGAUUGCAUUUAAGAAAGGCUAUAACUGAAGCUGUUAGAGGUGUGACGCAGGUGCAGACAGCUUCACUUCACUCCAUCUAUGAUUCUGUGUUUGAAAACCAAACAAAAACUCUAUUGUUGCCGCCAGUGUGUUUGAUAUAGAGCCACGGACAGGUAAUGGAGAACACAUGGCGAUUAAGUCUCUGCAUCCAGUGAACCAACACAGUCCUCAAGUUUUUUUGAUGAAUCCCAAGACCACUAAAUUCUUGCGCUGUGAGAGGCCUGUUUUCUUUUACCAGAAGAGUUCUUACCAGCUGUGCCAUGCAGCAAGAAUUUAUCUGUGCUAGCAAAAAGAUUGUGAUUCAUUCUUCCAGACAUCUUCACUUAACGCUUCAGUAUAUCAUUUCGAGUUCUAUGACAGCCUAUCGAAAUACGAUGGAACUGGCAGGAGAUCAUUUGCCGGGUAUGAUCUGCAGUGGAGCCUCAUCUGGCGCAAAAGUUAUUUGCGCUGAUUGUUGCCAUGCCCCAAAAGGGCGGGGUUAUAUCCAUCUCCAGAAUUCUGAUUUAUGUUUAUGUGACUGCAUAAUGUUGAAAUAGCUUAAUACUGUUUGCCCCAGACCUGCUAGAGGGAGUCAUCUUCCCUCUCCUGCAUGCUCUUACUCCAAGCGACUUCUUAUGAAACAUUGCUCCCAGUAGAGAAAUCAAGUUUCUUGACAAAUGGGUUUGACACAAACAGGCAAAAGCUGAUUUUCAUUAAGCAGAUUAUAAAACUGAUUGUUUGGAAAAAUAAUUAAAAAGCUUGAACCUCUGUAUUUAUUUCAACACUUCACCCUAAUAGGUUUUCUGUUCAGAGAUUUUAAUGUGAUCAGCAGAGAUGUGCUCCUAUAUUCAUUAUUAUUAUUAAAUGACUGUUAAAUGUUGCAGCUGUCAGAGAGAAGAGGGAAAAUUAGGAAGAAUUAGGGAAAAUCACCAUCUCCUGCAGACUUUUUCCAAACCUCCUGUUUGUAUUUUUAGCUCCACUGGCAGCUGUUGUUACCCUGGACUCUUAUAACUGCUGUUCAGUCUCAUUUGGUCUCAGAGGAGGUUGAGUAACAUGGACCUAAACACAGGCACAAUUGUCUUUUCUUAUGGGGCAAUCCACGACUUGAUGGCUUUUCCAUUUAGGUUUGCAGAAUUGGCUGGCCGGAGAUGUGGGCUAUGAGUGAGGAAAGGAAAGCAUGGAGACCAAAGAUUAUACGCUGUUUGUACUUAAUGUUUGACAUUUAGGUUUGGUGUCUUUGAAUAGCACUGAAGAACCUUUGGAAAACAUUAGUGACUAUGACUGUAUAUUAUAUUGGGCAAAUUCAGUAGUUUAGAAUACAAAGAGAGCCUUUCAUUCUGGAACCUUGUAUUUCGUCAAAGUGACAUUUUCAAAACCUCUUGCCUUUAAAAACACAUGCCGAUGAUUCGCCACAGCUGUCCCUGUUUUGCACAGCAUUGUAUGCAUGGUUGUUAUCCCCUCAGGCCUGUUCGGUGUUGGUUGUGUCAUCCCUGCCCCAUAUCAGAUGUUUUAGCUUUCAGCUUGUUUUUUCCCUGUUAUCUGUUACCUACACAUCUGUUUGAAUGUUAAAGUCUCAUUUCAUUCAUGCAUGUAACACGGUAUAUGUACUAUUCUGCAGUGUGUCUGUCUUACAGAUGAUUGGAUUACCACCCAUCACCGCUAAUUGUUGUAUCCCUGUGUUAUUUCAGGUGUAUUACUUCUAAUGUCUGAUGCUGUGUUAGAGUGCUGCACAUUUUAAAUCACCAUCCUUUUACUGAAAAUCUUCUGUGCAGUUAUUUGUCCAAAUGACUCUGAGGUAUGCUAAAAGGCAGAAUGUAAUGUCUGGCUUUUUUGGUUUUAAUUCUUUAGUUAUUGCCAGGCUCCGUUCGGACUGUAGUCAACAUACCACUAGCUCAUUACAGUUACUCUAAUCCUGCGUUAUUAAGACCUUCAGUAAGUCCUGCAGUGACUUUACAAAAACUAUUUUUAUUGUUUUUGUCUCCAGUGCUGUUGGUAAACUCUUGUUGUUCUCAUCUGAGGCUGGUGAGGAAGGAUUAAGAUGACAACCUAGUGAUGGUGAAUUUGUGUGUGAUGCACAGUUUUCUACACCAUCAGCUCAUAUAUGAAAUAACUAAUAGUACUAAAACUGGUUCACGUUAAGUAACUAGACAUGAAUAAUAUCUUGCAUUUUAAAUAUUUAUUUCAUGAUUAUAUAUUGUCAUACACUGUCUGAUUUGUGCAUAGAUUUUGACGGAUUUUUUAGCAAAGAAAGAAUUAAUUGUUUGCGUUUUUAUAUAUAAAACCCACACUGUUUUUGCACUUUGUGUUGAAAGCUGGCUAAGGUAGCAGGGGUUUUGUAGCAGCGGCACUGCCCAUUACCCACACAAGGUCCAAACCUCCUUUUCUCGUCUCUGUUUGGAUCCUUUUGGUUUCUGUUUGCAUCCUGUGUGCGCACACCCCUUUAGAUUCUCCUCCUCUCUUCCCUCUCGCCUCUCAUCCACACUGUUUCUGUUUCGACUGGGGACUGAGAAGGUAGGAGGGGUUCUGAGCAUCGCUGUUUCUCCAUGCUGACUCAUGAUGACAACUGGGUAGAUAAAUGCUUCAUCAAAGUGAAUCCAAAAUUAUGUAGAAUUAAGAAUUUUUAACAGGUCUUCUUUGUGAUAUGUUUCUCUAUGCAAAUACUGCGCAUUGAAGUGCUUAUAGUAUAUGAAGAAGGAAUUCCUUGAGGAUCUCAAAGAACACAAAGGAAGACAUAAUGGUGGCUGGAAUGGUAAUGCCAUUAGCCAAUCUGAAAGCAAUCUACGAGCUUCUCUUCAAAGAUGGCGUCAUUGUGGUUAAGAAGGACAGGCGGCCACAGUCCAUGCAUCCUGAUCUCAAUGGGGUGAAUAACCUAAAGGUGAUCCGUGCCGUGGGCUCUCUCAAAACUAAAGGCUACGUCAGGGAGACUUUUGCCUGGAAACAUGCCUAUUAUUAUCUCACCAAUGAAGGUAUCGGGUACCUGCGAGAUUACCUGCACCUGCCUCCAGAAAUCAUGCCUAGAACCCUUCAUCGCAUUUGUCGCCCUGGAUUUUCUGCUCGAGUUCAAAGCGUGAAAGGCCCGAGAUCUUCCAUUUCAGAACUGAAGGCCCAAGGAAGAACCCAAGAGGGUGUUACGGACAGGCACGUUUACCGUCACAAGAGAGUUGAAGAAGAACAACCUGACAGACUUCCAAAAACCUUCAGAGGCUCCUACCAGAUGUCCAUUGGUCAGCCUAGAGAUCAAAACACUACCUUGUUCAAGGUGGACAAAGACCUCUGCAUAGAAGAGGAAAGUCACAGUAAAGUUUUCAAUGCUUCUGUUCUUCACCAUGAAGACAAAGCCACCAGAGGUCAUUACUCAGUCGAGGAGGCCAAGCAAGGUUUUCAUUCUCCUUCAGUUGUGAUAAAGUUUCCAAAAGAAAUCCAGACAGUUCAGAAGGUUCCUGGUGUUCCAGUAACAGAGGUCCUGCAGGAAUCGUUUAAGAACACAUGUGCUGAACCACAAACAGGUUAUAAGGAGUCUGGACGUGUUGCUAUGGCCAGCAUGAAGGUGCAGAAGACUACAACUGAGGAACCUGUAAAAGAACUGAUCUUAAAUGAGAUGAGAAGAGAGACCAAAUAUCUGUUCUUGGGGGUUCUUGAAGAAGAGGUACCUGCGAGUGAAUGCGGUAUACAAAUGGUAGCAGACCCCCAGGCAGUCCCUUUGAUGGAAGAGCUUAUUGAUGAUGAAGAGAAAGAUGAAGACCUUCUCCAUGAGGUUGUCAACUCAGCUCCGUUUGGAUCUUCUGCUGACGUUGUGACAGAAGAAUACCACAAGAAGUUGCCAGGUGAUGUUGAGGAGAUGAAACAUGUGAUGGUUGAAGUUUACAGCCCUGCAGAUAAAAGUGAAACAUCCAAGUGUGACACUUACAAAUCUGUGCAAAAUAUUCCCGAGGAAAAAACAAUGGAAUCUGACAUUACAGAUACAGAGAAUGAAAAAGACAGUGAGACAAUAGUUUCUGCAGAAGUCAUGAUUUCUCAUGAUGCAUCUGGAGCCUCCUCCACUGCAGCCACUAAAGCAGACCGUCCCGUCCCUAUAGUCCCACCAGUUUACCCAGCUCUGAAGAUCCCUCUGCUUCAGGUAGACUGUACCACUCUCACAGAAGAACCUGAAAAAGGUAAAGAUGCUCAGAAGACCGGGCCUGACUUCCCUGAAGAUGAACGGGACAGAGUUCAGAAAAAGACCUUCACAAAAUGGGUCAAUAAGCACCUUGUGAAGCAUUGGAAGGCAGAGGCCCAGCGACACAUCACUGACCUGUACGAGGACCUCAGAGAUGGACACAACCUCAUCUCCCUGUUGGAGGUGCUCUCUGGAGAGACUCUGCCGAGGGAACGUGACGUUGUGAGGAACGUGCGGUUGCCUCGGGAGAAAGGCCGUAUGCGCUUCCACAAGCUGCAGAAUGUCCAGAUCGCCCUGGACUUUCUCAAACACAGACAGGUCAAACUGGUCAACAUCAGGAAUGAUGACAUUGCAGAUGGAAACCCCAAGCUGACCCUUGGCUUGAUAUGGACCAUCAUCCUUCACUUCCAGAUCUCAGAUAUUCAGGUGAACGGUCAGUCGGACGACAUGACGGCCAAAGAGAAGCUGCUGCUGUGGUCUCAGAGGAUGGUGGAGGGAUACCAGGGCCUGCGCUGCGACAACUUCACCGGCAGCUGGAGGGAUGGCAAGCUGUUCAACGCCAUCAUACACAAACACAGACCCUCUCUGAUCGAUAUGAGUCAAGUGUACCGACAGUCCAACCAGCAGAACCUGGAGCAGGCCUUCAGCGUGGCAGAGAGAGAGCUGGGUGUCACCAGACUGCUGGACCCCGAAGAUGUCGAUGUGCCCCAUCCAGAUGAGAAAUCCAUCAUCACAUAUGUGUCCUCUCUGUAUGAUGCCAUGCCCAGGGUACCAGACGUCCAGGAUGGUGUCAAAGCCAAUGAGCUGGAGCUGCGUUGGCAGGAGUACUAUGAGCUGGUCACCAUGCUGCUGCAGUGGAUCAGACACCACAUCCUCGUUUUUGAGGAGAGGAAGUUCCCCACCAGCUACGAAGAGAUUGAGGUUCUUUGGCGUCAGUUUCUGAAGUUCAAGGAAACGGAGCUUCCUGCCAAAGAGGCAGACAAGAACCGCUCCAAACACAUCUUCAAGUCUUUUGAGGGUGCGGUUCAGGCUGGUCAGGUCAAAGUGCCGCCAGGUUAUCACCCUUUAGAUGUGGAGAAGGAAUGGGGUCGUCUGCAUGUCGCCAUCCUGGAGAGGGAGCGUCUCCUCAGGACUGAAUUUGAGAGGCUGGAGCGACUUCAGAGGGUUGUCAGCAAGGUCCAGAUGGAGUCAGGGGUGUGCGAGGAGCAGCUCAACCAGGUGGAGACUCUGCUGCAGACGGAUGUGAGGCUGAUGAGCUCAGGGAAACCUGCAAAGCACACAGCAGAGAUGGAGGCAGAUCUGGAAAAAGCAGAAGGGAUGAUCCGCCUCCUCUUCAAUGACGUUCAGCUGCUAAAAGAUGGACGCCACCUCCAAGCUGAACAAAUGUAUCGCAGAGUUUAUCGCCUCCAUGAGCGGCUUGUAAACCUCCGUAGCGAGUACAAUCUGCGCCUCAAGUCAGGUGUGACCAUCACACAAAUCCCCAUGACGCAGAUCCCCAUGACCCAAGUCCACACAACCCAGGUCCACAGCGCCCAGGUCCUGCAGCAGGCCCCCGUGAGGGUGCGGCCCGAGCUGGAUGAAGUCACGCUGCGCUACAUCCAGGAUCUGCUGAGCUGGGUGGAGGAAAACCAGCGACGGGUGGACGAAGGGCAGUGGGGCUCGGACCUUCCCAGCGUGGAGUCCCAGCUGGGCAGCCAACGAGGCCUCCAUCAGUGUGUGGAGGAGUUCCGCUCCAAGAUAGACAGAGCUAAGGCUGAUGAGAGUCAGAUUUCACCUGCCAGCAAAGCUGCUUACCGUGACUAUCUGGGAAAACUGGAGCUACAAUACGGCAAGCUCCUGAACUCCUCAAAGGCUCGCCUGCGCUACAUGGACCAGCUUCAUGCCUUUGUCACUGCAGCAACCAAAGAGCUGAUGUGGCUGAAUGAGAAAGAGGAAGAGGAGGUGAACUACGACUGGAGCGAGCGAAACACCAACAUGGCAGCCAAGAAAGAAAACUACUCGGGUUUGAUGAGAGAGUUGGAGCUCCGGGAGAAGAAAGUGAACGGUGUCCAGACCACAGGAGACAAACUGCUGAGGGACGGACACCCAGCCAAGAAGACCAUCGAGGCUUUCACUGGAGCCCUGCAGACUCAGUGGAGUUGGAUCCUCCAGCUGUGCUGCUGCAUUGAAACUCACCUGAAAGAAAACACUGCCUACUAUCAGUUCUUCUCUGACGUGAAGGAGGCGGAGGAGAAGAUUAAAAAGAUCCAAGACACUAUGAAGAGGAAGUACACCUGCGACCGCACCAUCACGGUCACACGGCUGGAAGAUCUGCUUCAGGAUGCAGCUGAUGAGAAAGAGCAACUGAAUGAGUUCAAAACUCACCUGGAAGGCCUGAAGCGGAGAGCCAAGACCGUCGUCCAGCUGAAACCACGUAACCCUGCUACUCCGAUAAAGGGAAAGCUGCCCGUCCAGGCUGUUUGUGACUUCAAGCAGAUGGAGAUCACAGUCCACAGAGGCGAUGAAUGCGCUCUGCUGAAUAACUCGCAGCCCUACAAGUGGAAGGUGCUGAAUGAUAAAGGCAACGAGGCGUCUGUCCCAUCUAUCUGCUUCCUGAUUCCACCCACCAACAGGGACGCUGUGAACAGUGUUGCCGGGCUGGACGGAAACCUCCAGAGGCUGCAGAACAUGUGGCAGACGCUGUUUGUGGACAUGAAGAGCCUGCUGUCCUGGCAGUACCUGAUGAGAGACAUCCACAUCAUUAAAAGCUGGAACAUCAGCAUGUUUAAGACGCUGAGGGUGGAGGAGUACCGACUAGCACUGAGGAACCUGGAGCAGCAUUAUCAGGACUUCCUGAGAGACAGCCAGGACUCCCAGAUUUUUGGGGCUGAGGAUCGUAUGCAGGUGGAGUCCAACUACAACCUAGCCAACCAGCACUACAACACAAUGGUCAGCUCUGCAGAGCAAGACUAUGUGCCACCCAGAGCAGGAGAGCAAGACGAGACUGUGUGCAAAACCUACCUGACGAAGAUCAAGGACCUUCGGCUGAGGCUGGAAGGCUGCGAGAAUCGAACGGUGACGCGUCUCCGCCAGCCUGUCGACAAGGAACCACUGAAAGCCUGCGCCCUGAAGACUGCAGAGCAAAUGAAAGUGCAGUCUGAGCUGGAGGGCUUGAAGAACGACUUGAGCUCCAUUGCUGAAAAGACCGAGGAGGUUCUGGCUUCUCCUCAGCAGUCCAGCUCCGCCCCGAUGCUGCGCUCUGAACUGGACAUGACUCUGAAGAAGAUGGAUCAUGUUUACGGCCUCUCCUCGGUCUACCUGGACAAGCUGAAGACGAUCGAUGUCGUGAUCAGAAACACUAAAGAUGCAGAAGACACGCUGAAGAGUUACGAGACUCGUCUGCGCGACGUCAGUAAAGUUCCUGGUGAUGAGAAGGAAGUGGAGGAUCAGCGCAGUCAGCUGAAGUCCAUGCGUGCCGAAGCAGAGGCCGACCAGGUGAUAUUCGACCGCCUGCAGGACGAGCUUAGGAGGGCGACGGCUAUGAAUGACAAAAUGACGAGGAUUCACAGCGAGCGCGAUGCUGAUCUGGAGCAUUACCGUCAACUGGUCGGAAGCCUCCUGGAGCGGUGGCAAGCUGUGUUUGCACAGAUGGACCUGAGGCAGCGGGAGCUCGGCCUCCUGGGGCGCAACAUGAACUCCUACCGCGAAAGUUACGAGUGGCUCAUCCGCUGGCUCGAAGAAGCGAAGCAGAGGCAGGAGAAAAUUCAGGCUGUGCCAAUCGGGGACAGCAAGGCUCUCAGGGAGCAGCUGGCACAGGAGAAGAAACUCCUGGGAGAAAUUGAGAAAAACAAGGAGGAGGUUGAAAAUUGCCAGAAAAAUGCAAAGGCUUAUAUCGACUCUGUCAAAGACUACGAGUUCCAGAUUUUGACCUACAAAGCCCUCCAGGAUCCCAUAGCAUCUCCUCUGAAAAAGCCCAAAAUGGAGUGUGCAUCCGAUAACAUCAUUCAGGAGUAUGUUACGCUGAGAACGCGCUACAGUGAGCUGUUGACUCUCACCAGUCAGUACAUCAAAUUCAUCACAGACACACAGCGCCGCCUGGAGGAAGAAGAGAAAGCUUCUGAAAAAGUUAAAGAAGCGGAGAGGAAACGGAUGGCAGAGAUGCAGGCGGAAUUAGAUAAGCAGAAGCAGUUGGCUGAAGCUCACGCUAAGUCUGUGGCCAAAGCAGAGAAAGAGGCCGAGGAGCUGAAGUUAAAGAUGAAGGAAGAGGCCAAUAAGAGACAAGACGUUGCAGUGGAUGCUGAAAAACAGAAGCAAAACAUUCAGCAGGAGCUGCAUCAGCUGAAGAGUCUGUCAGAGCAGGAGAUCAAGUCCAAGAGUCAGCAGCUGGAAGAGGCGCUCAUCAGUCGUACCAAGAUCGAGGAAGAAAUCCACAUAAUUAGGAUUCAGUUGGAGGCAACAAUGAAACAGAAGGGCACAGCUGAGACUGAGUUACAGCAGCUCAGAGACAAAGCUGCUGAAGCUGAGAAGCUCAGGAAGGCUGCUCAAGACGAGGCGGAAAGGCUUCGCAAACAGGUGACUGAGGAGACUCAGAAAAAGAAAAAUGCUGAAGAUGAGCUAAAGCGUAAAUCUGAAGCCGAAAAAGAGGCAGCCAAACUAAAGCAGAAAGCACUGGAUGACCUGCAGAAAUUUAAACUACAAGCCGAAGAGGCAGAGAGGCGCAUGAAACAGGCUGAGGAGGAAAAACUGAGGCAGAUUAAAGUUGUAGAAGAGGUGGCACAGAAGUCUGCUGCCACACAGUUGCAAACCAAAGCUAUGUCAUUCAAUGAACAGGCAACAAAACUGGAAGAAUCCCUCAAGAAAGAGCAGGGAACUGUUCUUCAGCUACAGGAGGAAGCCGAGAAACUCAGGAAACAACAAGAAGAAGCUAACAAAGCCAGGGAGCAAGCAGAGAAAGAGCUGGAAACAUGGAGACAGAAAGCCAAUGAAGCCCUCCGCUUGAGGCUACAAGCUGAGGAGGAAGCUCAAAAGAAGAGUCAGGCUCAAGAGGAAGCAGAGAGGCAGAAGGUUGAAGCAGAGCGAGAUGCCAAGAAAAGGGCUAAAGCUGAAGAUGCUGCACUUAAACAGAAGGAGAAUGCAGAAACGGAGCUGGAAAAACAGAGGAAAUUUGCUGAACAGAUAGCCCAACAAAAACUUUCUGCAGAGCAAGAAUGCAUACGCUUAAAGGCUGACUUUGAACAUGCUGAGCAGCAGAGGGGCCUGUUGGAUAGUGAGCUCCAGCGUUUGAAGAAUGAGGUGAAUGCUGCAGAAAAACAGAGAAAACAGCUCGAAGACGAACUGGCUAAAGUCAGAAGUGAAAUGGACGCUCUGCUACAGAUGAAGACUGAAGCUGAGAAGGUGACACUGUCAAACACAGAAAAGAGCAAACAGCUUCUUGAGUCUGAAGCGCAGAAAAUGAAACAACUGGCUGAGGAAGCUGCUAGACUGAGAUCAGUCGCCGAAGAGGCGAAGAAGCAGAGGCAGACUGCAGAGGAUGAGGCAGCCCAGCAAAGAGCUGAGGCGGAAAAAAUCCUUAAGGAAAAACUGUCUGCUAUCAAUGAGGCAACUCGGCUAAAGACUGAAGCGGAAAUCGCCCUCAAAGCUAAAGAAGCAGAGAAUGAAAGACUAAAGAGAAAAGCUGAGGAGGAAGCUUAUCAAAGAAAGCUGCUGGAGGACCAAGCUGCUCAGCAUAAGCUAGAGAUUGAGGAGAAAAUCACACACCUUAAGAGCUCAUCUGACUCUGAGCUGGUGAGACAAAAAACUAUUGUGGAAGAAACUUUGAGGCAAAAGAAGGUGGUCGAAGAGGAGAUUCAUAUCAUCAGAAUCAACUUUGAGAAAGCCUCAAAAGAGAAGUCAGAUCUAGAGGGUGAAUUAAAGAAACUGAAGGAUCUUGCAGAUGAGACUGAGAAGAGCAAACUUAAGGCUGAAAAAGAGGCAGACAAACUAAAAAAGCUUGCUGCAGAGGAAGAGAAGAAGAGGAAAGAGGCUGAGGAGAAGGUGAAGAGGAUAACUGCAGCCGAAGAGGAGGCAGCUCGUCAAUGCAAAGCUGCUCAGGAGGAAGUCGAACGCCUCAAAAAGAACGCAGAAGAAGCGAAUAAGCAGAAAGAGCAAGCUGAGAAAGAGGCAGAAAAGCAGGUCAUUGUAGCCAAAGAGGCAGCACAAAAAUGCAGUGCCGCAGAGCAGAAAACUCAAGAUGUUCUCAGUAAGAAUAAAGAAGAUAGCCUUGCUCAGGAGAAGCUUAAAGACGAAUUCAAAAAUGCUAAGAAACUUGCAGAAGCUGCUCAGAAAGCCAAAGAGAAAGCUGAGAAAGAGGCUGCCUUGCUCCGCCAAAAAGCAGAAGAAGCUGAAAAGCUGAAGAAAGCUGCAGAAGAAGAAGCCGCUAAACAGGCCAAAGCUCAGAAGGAUGCAGAGAAACUGAGAAAAGAAGCAGAGGAAGAGGCCUCUAAGCGAGCUGCAGCUGAGCAAGCAGCACUAAAGCAGAAGCAGCAGGCUGAUGCAGAGAUGGCCAAGCACAAAAAAGAGGCAGAACAAGCACUUACACAGAAGUCGCAGGUGGAGAAGGAACUGACACUGGUUAAACUUCAGCUGGAUGAAACUGAUAAGCAGAAGAAGGUGUUGGAUGAAGAGCUUCAGCGAGUUAAAGGUGAAGUAAAUGACGCUGUCAAGCAAAAGGCACAGGUGGAGGAUGAGUUGUCGAAAGUCAAGAUCCAGAUGGAAGAACUCCUGAAGCUUAAGCUCAAAAUUGAGGAAGAAAACCGGCGCCUGAUGAAGAAGGACAAAGACAGUACACAGAAAUUACUUGCAGAGGAAGCAGAGAAAAUGAAGAGCCUUGCAGAGGAAGCUGCUAGACUCAGCGUGGAAGCUGAAGAAGCUGCCAGACAAAGGCAGAUUGCUGAAUCUGACUUGGCUGAACAGAGGGCACUUGCAGAGAAAAUGCUAAAAGAGAAAAUGCAGGCCAUCCAAGAGGCUACAAAACUAAAAGCUGAAGCAGAGGAACUCCAGAAACAGAAGGACCAGGCACAGGAAAAAGCUAAAAAACUUUUGGAGGACAAACAACAGAUCCAACAGCGCCUUGAUAAGGAGACAGAGGAUUUCCAGAAAUCCCUGGAAGCCGAGCGAAAGAGGCAGUUUGAAGUUGCAGCUGAAGCAGAGAAACUGAAAGUGAAGGUGAAAGAGCUCAGCGAUGCUCAAGCUAAAGCUGAAACGGAGGCAAAGAAAUUCAAGAAGCAAGCCGACGAAGCAAAAACUCGUCUCCAACAGACUGAAAAACAAACGACAGAAAUCGUUGUGCAGAAGUUGGAGACACAGAGGCUACAGAGCACGAGAGAAGCUGAUGACCUGAAGAAAGCCCUAGCAGACCUUGAAAAGGAGAAAGAGAAACUGAAAAAGGAUGCAGAGGAGCUUCAGAAGAAAUCUAAAGAGAUGGAAAAUGCCCAACAAGCACAAAUUGAGCAGCAGAAAGCUAUACUUCAGCAGUCUUUCAUCACUGAGAAGGAUGUGCUGUUGAAGAGAGAAAAGGCUGUUGAAGAUGAGAAAAAGAAGCUUGAAAAGCAGUUUGAGGAUGAAGUAAACAAGGCCAAGGCUCUUAAAGAUGAACAAGAACGUCAGCGUAAGCUAAUGGACGAGGAAAGGAAGAAACUUCAGGCCAUUAUGGAUGAAGCUGUAAAGAAACAAAAGGAGGCUGAAGCAGAGAUGAAAAACAGAGAGAGAGAAUUGGAUGUGCUAGAAAAGAAAAGGUUUGAACAAGAAAAACUUUUGGAAGAGGAGAACAAAAAGCUCAGAGAGAGACUUCAGAAUCUUGAGGUUGCUUCAAAGCAGGGUUCAUCAACGACAAAGGAAAUCGAAGUUCAGACCGAUGAGGUCCCGGAGGAACAGCUAGUUGCUAUGACAAUGGUAGGAACAACAAAGAAAGUUUUCAAUGGCUCUGUUGAGGAUGGGCUGAAGAAAGAUGGAGAAUCAAUGUUGGCAUUUGAUGGAAUAAGAGAGAAGGUUCCUGCUGAAAGGCUUCAUGAAGUUGGUGUCUUGACCAAGAAGGAAUUUGAUAAAUUGAAAAAGGGCAAAGUUUCUGUACAAGAACUCGGAAAAACAGAGAAGCUAAAAGCAUAUCUUAAGGGAGAGAGCUGUGUUGGAGGCGUCCUGACUCCUUCCAAAGAAAAAAUGAGUCUCUAUCAGGCCAUGACAGAGAAGACGAUUACUCCAAACACUGCUACAAUGCUCCUGGAAGCUCAAGCAGCAUCAGGCUUCAUUGUUGAUCCAGUGAAAAACAAGCUUCUGUCUGUAGAUGAGGCUGUUAAGGAGGAGUUAAUUGGCCCUGAACUUCAUGACAAGAUGCUGUCUGCAGAGCGGGCAGCCACUGGUUUUAAAGAUCCUUUUACUGGAGCCAAAAUCUCUCUUUUUGAGGCCAUGAAGAAGGGACUUAUUGAGAAGGAUCAGGCCACCAAAUUCCUAGAUGUACAGCUUGCAACUGGUGGCAUUAUUGACCCCAUCAACAGCCACAGAGUUCCCCUUCAAACAGCCUACAAGCAGGGUCAGUUUGAUGCAGAUAUCAACAAAAAACUCAGCGAUCCCAGCGAUGACUGCAAGUUAUUCAUUGACCCAAGCACACAGGAGCAACUCACUUAUAAACAGUUACUGGAAAAAUGCAACAAGGAUGCAGAGACUGGCCUGCUGAUAUUACCAGUGACAGAGAAAGCAGCUCAAACAGAGAGAACAUACACAGAUGUGGAGACUAAAGACAUAUUCAGUAAAUCAAACGUUGAUGUUCCUUUUGGAAAGUUCAAAGGAAAAACUGUCACCAUUUGGGAAGUCAUAAAUUCAGAAUACUUCACAGAAGAACAAAGAAGAGAGCUGAUCCGUCAGUACAAGACUGGCAAGAUCACAGUGGAAAAGAUCAUCAAAAUUGUCAUCACUGUUGUGGAAGACAAGGAGAAGAACAAGGAAAAUGUGUUCAAUGGCUUGAGGUCUCCAGUCUCUGCCAAUGAACUGCUAGAGUCCAAGGUUAUAAACAAAGAUGUGUUCAACAAGUUGAGUAAUGGAAAGAUAACAGUUAAAGAGAUCUCUGAGAUGGAUCCUGUGAAGAAGGCACUGAAUGGGACGCCCAGCAUUGCUGGACUGUUCUAUGAACCAACCAAGGAGAAAAUGCCUUUCUAUCAAGCUAUGAAAAAAGAAUUACUUUCUCCAGAAACGGCCUUGAAUCUUCUUGAAGCUCAAGCAGCAACAGGGUUUAUAAUUGAUCCUGUAAAAAAUGAAAGAGUCCCCGUUGAUGAAGCUGUUAAGUCGAGUCUUGUUGGCCCAGAGCUGCAUGAGCGUCUUCUGUCAGCAGAGAGAGCUAUCAGUGGCUACAGAGAUCCAUACACAGGAAAAAAUGUAUCUCUAUUUGAAGCCAUGAAAAAAGGCCUUAUCAAGAGAGAACAUGGCAUCCGUCUGCUAGAAGCACAACUUUCAACAGGUGGAAUUAUUGACCCCAUUAAAAGCUAUCGCAUCCCACAUGAAAUCGCCUGCAAGCGUGGGUAUUUUGACGAAGAAAUCGCCAAGACCUUGAACACAAACACAGACGAGACAAAGGUCUUCUGUGAUCCCAACUCACAAGAGGAUGCAACUUAUGCUCAGCUCUUGAAUAAAUGUGUCAUAGACAAAGAAACUGGACUUCCAUUGCUCUCUCUCUCAAAGAAGGCUCCAAAGCCAAAGGAAGACAAACAGAUUACAGAAGCUAAAACAAAGGAAGCUUUGAACCAAGCCACCAUGGAACUGGAGUAUGGACCUUUCAAAGGGAGGAAAGUCACAAUCUGGGAAAUCAUACACUCUGAAUACAUCACUGAGGAACAAAGGAUAGAACUGAUUCGCCAGUACAGAAUGGGUUAUGUGACAAUUGAAAAGCUGAUAAAGAUUGUGAUAACAAUGGUUGAUGAAAAAGAAGACAAAACAAAAGAACAGGCCUGCUUUGAAGGCUUAAGGGCUCCAGUCACUGCCAGUUCAUUACUUGAUUCCAACAUCAUUGAUAAGGCUACAUUUGAGCAACUCCAAAAUGGUAAAAAGACACCCAAAGAAGUCAGUGAAACUGAUAAAGUCCGGAAGUACCUGCGGGGCACAGACCGCAUUGAUGGUAUCACAAUGGGAGAUUCAGAUGAAAAGUUAAGCAUCUAUCAAGCAAUAAAAAAAGGUAUUUUGCAACAGAGCACUGGGCUCACAUUACUUGAGGCCCAAGCAGGAACUGGUUUCAUAACAGAUCCGGUCAAAAACCUGAAAUACUCUGUAGAUGAUGCUGUGAAAGCUGGAGUCGUUGGUCCAGAGCUUCACGAGAAACUCCUCUCAGCAGAAAAAGCAGUGACAGGAUACAAAGAUCCGUAUACAGGCAAUAAAAUUUCUCUGUUGCAAGCCAUGAAGAAAGAGCUUGUACUGAGGGAGCAUGCUAUUCCUCUUCUUGAAGCCCAGUUUGCCACUGGAGGGAUAAUUGAUCCAGUUAGCAGCCAUCGUGUUCCCAAUGAUGUGGCCAUUCAGCGUGGCUACUUCAGCAAACAAAUGGCUAAAUCUUUCAGUGAACCCACAGGUGAUGUUAAGGGCUUCACUAAUCCCAACACCAAUGGAAGAGUGACCUACAAGGAGCUGCUGGAGAAAUGCAAAAGAGAGCCCAACACUGGUCUGUGCUACCUCCCUCUGUCAGAGGUUGAAUCUCCUGCUCCUGUUGAGAAGUCUUACCAGUACUCAGAGGAGCAAGCCCAAACAGAUCUAGCUAAUACUCAAAUUGACAUCCCACUCAAGAGUUUUGCAGGAAAGAGUAUGACCAUUUGGGAAGUCAUGAACUCAAAUUUUCUUCCAGCAGAAGAGAGGCGCCGCCUCAUGGAGCAGUAUCGCUUGGGGCAAAUCACAAGAGAAAGAAUGCUAAUUGUCAUCAUUGAAAUAAUUGAACAAAGGGAGACACUAAAGUCUGAGCAGAGUAUGUCAUGUGAUGUAAUCAGAAGAAGGGUUACGAUUGAUGAGCUGUACAAUGCCCGAAUUAUUGACUUGCACACAUACAACCUUCUGAAACAAGAAAAGAUGAAUAUUCGGGAAGUAAUGGAAAUGCCAACAGUAAAGCAGUACCUCUUUGGCACUGGUUGUAUUGCUGGAAUUAUGUCAGACAGUCCUCCCAAGAUCAGCAUUUACCAGGCUAUGAAGAAUGGAAAGAUUAAGCCCGAAGUUGCUUUGAAUCUCCUUGAGGCCCAAGCUGCGACUGGAUUCAUGAUUGAUCCAGUUAAAGACGAACUUCUAACAGUUGAUGAAGCUGUACGUAAGGGGCUUGUAGGUCCUGAACUCCAUGAUAAACUUCUCUCUGCUGAGAGAGCAGUUACAGGUUACAAGGAUCCAUACACUGGAAAAGUGAUUUCUCUCUUUCAGGCAAUGAAAAAAGACCUCAUAUCUGAGGAUUAUGCCUUAAGGCUUUUGGAGGCCCAGAAUGCCACUGGAGGACUGAUGGAUCCUGAAUACUACUUCCAUCUCCCCAUAGAUGUUGCCAUGCAGCGUGGAUACAUCAACAAGGAGACACUAGAGAGAAUAACUGAGCCUACUGCGGAUGUGCGAGGUUAUACUGAUCCAACAACAGAUGAGAAACAGUCCUAUGCUCAGCUGCUGAAAAGAUGCAGAGUGGAUAAAGAAAGUGGUUUGCGGCUGCUUUCACUGGCAGACAGAAGGCUUCUCUUUAAGGGUCUAAGAAAACAAAUCACUGUGGAUGAGCUGCUCCGCUCGCAGAUUAUCAACCAAAAGACAUACAGUGAUCUCACUGAGGGGAUCAUCACAGUGGAGGAGGUCAGCAGGGAUGUGAAGAAGUACCUUGAGGGGACCAGCUGUAUUGCUGGUGUGUUUGUAGAAUCAAGCAAAGACCGUCUAUCAAUUUACCAAGCGAUGAAGAAAAACAUGAUCAGACCAGGGACUGCCUUUGAGCUUCUUGAGGCUCAAGCUGCCACAGGUUAUGUAAUUGAUCCAAUUAAGAACCUAAAACUAAAUGUCAAUGAAGCUGUUAAAAUGGGUGUUGUUGGUCCAGAGUUUAAAGACAAACUCCUCUCAGCUGAGCGAGCUGUGACAGGCUACAAAGACCCUUAUUCUGGCAAGGUUAUCUCUCUUUUCCAGGCAAUGAAAAAGGGACUCAUUCUGAAAGACCAUGGCAUUCGUCUGCUGGAGGCUCAGAUCGCUACUGGUGGAAUAAUUGAUCCACAAGAGAGUCUCCGAUUGCCAGUAGAAACAGCCUAUGAACGUGGCCUCUUUGAUGAAGAAAUGAAUGGUAUCCUCACUGACCCUUCUGAUGACACCAAGGGCUUCUUUGACCCCAACACUGAGGAAAACCUCACCUACCUGCAGCUGAUGGAGAGAUGUAUGAUAGACCCAGAGACUGGCCUUGCUCUUCUGCUACUGAAAGAAAAGAAGCGUGAGAGAAAGACAUCGUCCAAAUCUUCUGUUCGCAAACGAAGGGUUGUCAUCGUCGAUCCAGAGUCUGGCAAAGAGAUGUCUGUGUAUGAAGCGUAUCAGAAAGGACUUAUUGACCACCAGACUUAUCUAGAACUUGCAGAGCAGGAGUGUGAAUGGGAGGAAAUUACUAUCACUUCAUCUGACGGAGUUGUGAAAUCCAUGAUCAUUGAUAGGAGGUCUGGUCGACAGUAUGAUAUCGAUGAUGCAAUCUCAAGGGGCUUGAUUGAUAAGUCGGCCCUGGAUCAGUAUCGAUCAGGAAUGCUGUCCAUCACAGAAUUUGCAGACAUGCUAUCUGGAAAUAUGAGCGGAAGCAGAUCACGCUCAUCCUCCUUUGGCUCCUCUUCUUCCUACCCCAUGAGCCCAAUACCUUCCAUAAAAACACCAGCAACCACAUGGACUGACCCAACAGAGGAAACUGGCCCUAUAGCUGGUAUUUUAGACACAGAGACAUUAGAGAAGGUGUCUGUCACAGAGGCCAUCCACAGAAACCUUGUUGAUAAUAUAACAGGUCAAAGGCUGCUGGAAGCUCAGGCCUGCACAGGAGGCAUCAUUGACCCAAACACUGGAGAGAAAUUCUCAGUUGCAGAUGCAAUGAAUAAAGGGCUUGUGGAUAAAAUUAUGGUGGACCGUAUCAGUUUAGCUCAGAAGGCGUACAAUGGAUUUGAAGAUCCAAGGACUAAAACCAAAAUGUCAGCAGCCCAAGCUCUAAAGAAAGGCUGGCUGUACUAUGAGGCCGGACAACGGUUCCUAGAGGUCCAGUAUCUCACCGGUGGAUUGAUUGAACCGGAUGCUACAGGCAGAGUCUCCAUAGAUGAGGCCGUGAGGAAGGGCACCUUAGAUGCACGCACUGCACAGAAGUUACGAGACGUUAGUGCAUAUUCAAAAUACCUCACGUGCCCUAAAACCAAGCUGAAGAUCUCCUACAAGGAUGCAAUUGAAAGGAGCAUGACAGAGGAGGGAACUGGUCUGCGACUACUUGAAGCCUCAUCUCAGUCAAGCAAAGGCCUUUACAGUCCCUAUAGCAUCAGUGGGUCUGGCUCUGCUUCUGGUUCACGGUCUGGCUCUAGAACUGGUUCCAGGUCAGGCUCCAGAAGAGGCAGCAUGGAUGCUACAGGAUCAAGCUUCACAACAACCUUCUCUUCUUCUUCCUACAGUUCCCCAAGCUAUGGCCGCAGAUACUGAUCUGUAAGGGAAGGAUAUGCUAUAAAGCCACAAUGCUCACCAGAUGCCUAACUCUCAGUGGAAUAAAGACUACCUUUAUUCUGCUCUGCAUGGGGCUGUUACAUAACUUUCAAAUUGAAUAAUUUUGUUUAUUGUAUAUGUCACAUUUACAUUUAGUGUUCAUGCUUUCUCAUCAGACUUUCUGAAUAUGUACUGUAAGCAGCUAGCAACCGCUCAUUAUUUUCAGUAUCUAUCACAGAUGUUUCAAGUGUACAUGAUAUUUUUUAAGUUUAACAUCAUAAGCAUUUACUGUUCCAAAAACACUUAAAUGAAAUACCGUGUUACACUGUAACCAAAAGUGUUCAUGACCCUUAGCUUAAACUGUUAGAACCAAAUUGGAUGUAAAAACUCAAAUUCCUGUACAUGUGUAUAUUUCUGAAAAUUUUAUCUAAAGAAAGAUAAAAAGCAACUCUGCAGAGCAGAAUAUUGAGUCUCCUGAGGAUUAAUAAAACCGCUUUAAGGAUAUGCCAAGCUUCAAGAUCUUUUGUCUCCUGGGCAACACUGCCGUACAGACUCUACCCGUAUCUGAAGUCUUCUCCAUUCCCAUUUGUCUGUCUUAAAACCUGGACUUCCAAGAGCAAGCUCCCACAAAUGAAACGAUAAUGUAGCUUAAUAUGACCAUUGACACCGUCAGACACUUCUGGACUUUACACAUCAAACUUCAAGACCAACACAAUUAAAUUCCAGCCUUUCUGGACACUUUAAAAGUUCACCUUGCUCAGAUGUCUUCCAGAGACCCAUGGUGUAAUUUGGACUUUGACCUUCACUGUAAUCAAGAAUUUUAUGCAACAGCACUGAAACACAUUUGCGCAUAUAAUAUUUUAUCAGUUUGUUUUAACAGUGGACCAUUUUGAAACUUGCAUCCAACCUUGAACUCAUUUAAAUAAAGGCCUAAACCAUGCUUUGUAAGUGCCUGCAAAAUACUGUUUAACACUUUACUGGGUUGAUGAGUAUUAGGAGACGUUUCAUGCUGUAAACUGACUGAAAAAGCAGUGCUAUCCAUAAUUUAAUAAAUAGUGUGUUAUCAGGUAAGCCUUUUUACAGUCUGUUCCAGUAUGUCACAAAUACUUCAAGUAUUUUUCCCCCUUCAAAGGCAAAUAAUGUCUGUACAGUAUACUGACGAUUAUACAGAGCGCAGUUGCUAUAAGCCAUGAGUUAGCAUUUCUUUGAGAAAGACCUUUAAGCUUUGCACCAGACCCAGUAUUUGUAUUUUACACUACGUAUAGCUGUUUUCAGUUAAAUCUCCUUUGUAAACACAAUGGAUCUGUAUCAUUUUAUUUUCAUACUCUAAACGUGCAUGAAUAACUAACAUUUAAAAGGUGCAAAAAUGAAAUCCAUCUGUAUCCAUUAAAGCGUUUUGUUUUGUUAUAUUUUGAAAGGUUUGAAGGAUGUAUUUUACUGAGGGUCGUCAAGCCUUGUUUAAAAUGGUGUAUUUAUAAUAAAAAUGGUGAUGAGGAAUUUUAAUGUAACACCCACCCUGUGUAAAUAAACAGGAAAAUGAAA